AUGUCUAUCAGCCCCGAUCCUCUUUUGUUACCUCCCUCUCAUAGCUUGGGUGCUUUGUUAUUCUUGUUCACUUCUGAUCUGCAAUUACAAUUUAUUGUUUUGAUAAUCAAUAUCUAUGGAAAGAGGACCAUAAGAAUCACAUCAGCAAUGGCCACCAAUGUAUUGGUUCUUAAUCACAAUUGCCUCAUCAAUCGACAGAUCUUCUUUUUGAUUAGGAUCAAGUGGAAGAUGAAGGUGAAGUUGGACAAGAUGAACAUGUUUUGGUGGAUUUGA